CUCUCUCUCUCUCUCUCUCUCUCUCUCUCUAUCUAUCUCUCUACUUCAAAACUAAAGAAAGAAAGAGGCCAAACACCCUCUUUUGCUCUUGUUUGUUCCCACAUAACCCUGUUCCUAUUUGUGCAUGAACAUUAUUAGCAAACGGUUUUUUUUUGUAUGUGUUGAGCAGCAGCAUUCUUGCUGUUUUUCACGUAGCGGUUGAAAAUGGCAUCACCUUCUGAGCUAAGCCUGGACUGCAAGCCCCACAGCUACUCCAUGCUUCUGAAAUCUUUUGGAGACCAAACUGACCAGACCCAGAAGCUCGAAGAUUUCCUCACUCGCCUUGAGGAAGAACGCAUCAAGAUCGACGUUUUCAAGCGCGAGCUUCCCCUUUGCAUGCAACUCCUUACCAGCGCUAUGGAGGCAUAUAGGCAGCAGCUGCAAGCGUACAGAGCAAACAGAGGUCCAAGGCCUGUUCUUGAAGAGUUCAUACCCCUCAAACAUUCAACAUCUGAAAGCUCGGAGAAAUCAUCAAAUAAUUCUGAUAAGGCAAAUUGGAUGACAUCCGCUCAAUUAUGGAGCCAAGCCAGUGAUCAGGGAACCAAGCCACAAUCCAGUACAAUUGUAUCCCCUAAAGAGCACGAUAUCGGCUUCAAUGUCUGUCCAAAGCUUGCUUUGGACACAAAACAGAGAAAUGGUGGAGCCUUCCAUCCUUUCUCCAAAGAAAGAAACUCCCCCACUUUGCGGGCGCUUCCUGAUUUGGCUCUUGCCUCUGCUGACAAAGAGUUGGAGGAUAAAAAGUGUUUGGAGACUGAGAAUAGGAGAGAAAAUUCUUGCAAGGGUGGCGUGGCGAUUGAGCAAGGGAAAGGUCCUGGUAAUCCAUCAGAUGCGCAAACAGCCUCAGCAGCCAACGCCCCUAAUCAGACUCAUCGAAAAGCAAGGAGAUGUUGGUCGCCUGACUUGCAUAGGAGAUUCGUUAAUGCUCUUCAGAUGCUUGGUGGUUCUCAAGUGGCCACACCAAAACAGAUCAGGGAGCUGAUGAAGGUUGACGGUUUGACCAAUGAUGAAGUUAAAAGUCACCUGCAGAAAUACAGGCUUCACACUAGACGACCCAGCCCAAGCCCACAAGCAGCCGGUGCCCCAGCACCCCAGCUGGUAGUCCUAGGUGGCAUAUGGGUCCCGCCAGAGUAUGCCACGGCGGCAGCAGCAGCUCAUUCAGGCGCCCAAGCCUUGUAUGGUGCACAUGCAACGUCACAUGCACCGCCACACUACUGUGCACAACCUGUGCCACAAGAGUACUAUGCUGCAGCACCAGCAGUACCCGGCCCUCCACCGCACCACCAGUUGCACCACCACACCCUCCACCACCAACUCCACGUCUACAACGCCACGUCGCAGGCCCACAGCUCCCCGGAAUCGGAUGUUAGAGGGACAGGGGACCGGUCGGAGAGCAUCGAAGACGGCAAGUCGGAGAGCAGCAGCUGGAAGGGUGAAAGUGGUGAGAAUGGAGGGGAGAGAAAAGGGUUGGCUGCACUUAGAGAAGAUGGGGAGGAAAGCAAUGGGAGUGGGAUCACUCUCAAAUUCUAAGGCUUUGUGGUAGAAGAGAUAGGGUUAGGGCGUUAGGGUCUUGCAUGUUUUCUAUCCCAUGUUUAUUAUUCUAUUUUUAUGUUCAAAUAUAUUUGUCGAAGGGAGGGUAAAAAGGGCAUAAUGGAAAAGGUGAGUGUUUGUUUUGUUAUCCUUUUGUUAGAAAAGAUUGAAGAUUGGAUUA